GGAGAACGAUAAUGCGUGGCACGGACAUUGUCCUCAUCUUGAUUUCAUUGCUGUUCCCCCCAGCGGCCGUCUUGAUAAUGACGGGGCUGAGCCCAGAUUUCGUCAUUAACAUCGCAUUAACAAUUCUUGGGUAUACUCCCGGCCUCAUCCAUUCGCUUUGGUUACUGUACAAGAAGGUCGAGGCAGAGGAGAAAUGGAUCGGUGGAGGGUCAUUCCGUCCGUACGGUUCCAAGGGCCCAAGCUAUAGUACUCGUGACCACCUUGUGCGAGGCAAAGAGGAGACCGAAAAGAUCUGGGACGGCAAAUGGAAAGGCUCAAGAUGAUGGAAAGCAAGGUUCUGACUCACGACGACACGACGCACUAACGAUUCUUACGAUUCACGACUGCUACGAACCUGGGUUUAUACUUGGAACUCCUCACAACCUGUAUCAGCAUCACAAACUCCAUCAAUACUACAUUUGUGUUUGUUCUCUU